AUGGCAGCGCCUUCGGGGGCUGCCGCGCCCCCUCCUUGUUCCUUUGCGGACAUCCUUUCGUCUCCUUCCACGCCUAUCCCACUUCGGCCGCCAGAGCGUUUUAAGGGGAUGCCGGCGGUUUCUUUCUCGGAUGAAGAUGCACGCCUCUUUGCGCACAAGUUCAAGUUCGCGCUGGUUGGCAAAUUUAUGAAGAGUCGUCCACCGAUGACAGAGCUGCGGAAAGCCUUCGAUUUAAUUGGGUUUGGUGGUGCCUUCUCACUCGGGCUGCUGGAUCAGAAGCACGUUCUGAUGAAUUUCGACCAUGAGGUCGAUUUCCAGGGAUGCUGGCUGCGGAAAACAUGGUCCAUCAAGGGAUCUCUCAUGCGGGUUUUCAAAUGGAUGCCGGAUUUCAGGCCGGAUAUGGAGUCGCCAAUCGUUCCGGUUUGGAUAGCCCUAGAGGGUCUACCAACACAUUUGCAGGACAAACGGGCUAUUUAUUCAAUAGCGAACCUUAUCGGCUCCCCCCUUAAGGUUGAUAGCUCCACUCUAGCGCACAAUCGUCCCUCUGUUGCUCGUGUUUGUGUGGAAUUGGACGCUAGUGCAGCUCUAACGGAUCAGGUGUGGAUUAAUAACGGAUCAUAUGGAGGUUUUGCCCAGAGAGUCGUCUAUGAGUUCGUACCGCCCUACUGCUCGGAUGCCGGGGUACAACCAUUGUCUCAAUCAGAAUCACAGCCUGGACACUUGUCAGAUGGGGAUGAAAUUCAAAAUGCCCAGGCAUACACUCCCUCUAUGUUGGAGUCCUGGAAAGAAGCAAGCAAAACUUUUGCCAAGAAGCUGGGGGGUAAGAGAUAG